UAAGCAAGCUUUAUGUAACCAAAUACAGAGAUAACAUCUACAUUUCGAAGUACAAAAUAUCUUAUCUGAAAGGAUGGUCAUUAUCAAUAGAUAUAUAACUAAACCUCCUGACCAGCCUCCAAAUUCACCAAACAAAAUGCAAGGUUGUACGCUGUUGAUCGUAGCGUUGCUAUUUGGUGCCACACUAGCAAACAAGAGCCCCCAUUGUCACAAUGGAAGGUUCGGAAUUGUCCACUUGUUCGAGUGGAGAUGGGCAGAUAUUGCCGCCGAGUGCGAGAGGUGGUUAGGACCUAAGAAUUUCUGUGGAGUUCAGAUCUCCCCACCCAAUGAGCACAGGAUUAUAGAUAGUCCGGACUACAGACCUUGGUACCAGCGUUACCAGCCAGUCAGUUACAAACUAGACAGCCGAAGUGGCAAUGAACAAGAACUCCGUGACAUGGUGGAAAGGUGUAACAAAGCAGGGGUCAGGAUAUAUGCUGACCUUGUUAUCAACCACAUGACCGGUGGAGGUCAAGGACAAGGUAGUUCUGGCAGUUACUGGAACGCUGACAGUCUCAGUUACCCGGCAGUGCCAUUUGGGUCAGGUGACUUCAAUGGACGUGACGUGUGCAAUACAGGCAGUGGGAACAUUGAGAACUACAACGAUGCAAACCAAGUGAGAAACUGCCGUCUUUUGGGACUAAGAGAUCUCCGACUAGGAAAAGACUAUGUAAGAGGCAAGGUUGCGGACUACAUUAAUAAUCUCAUAGACAUGGGAAUGGCAGGAUUCAGAGUGGACGCAGUCAAACACAUGUGGCCUGGAGAUCUCCAAAACAUAUACAGCCGUCUAAAGAACCUCAACAGUCGCUACUUCUUAAGCAACAGCCGACCUUUUAUCUUCCAAGAAGUAAUUGACAUGGGUGGCGAACCAAUCAAGGGCACUGACUACACUCAUCUUGGGCAGGUCACAGAGUUCAAGUAUGGAAAAGAACUUGGUGACGUCAUUCGAAAAAACAAUGGCCAGCGUUUAAGGUACUUGCGUAACUUUGGAGAGGGGUGGGGAAUGCUAAGGAGUGGUGAUUCACUGGUCUUUGUGGAUAACCAUGAUAACCAGCGAGGACAUGGAGCUGGUGGAUAUGGAUCAAUCUUAACUCAUGCGGACUCCAAGAUGUAUAAGAUGGCCAAUGCUUUCAUGAUGGCAUUCCCGUAUGGUACUGUGAGGAUCAUGAGCAGUUACAGCUGGCAAAGGAAUAUUCAAGGAGGAAAAGACAAAAAUGAUUGGAUUGGGCCGCCGUCCAAUGGAGGAAACACAAAAUCAGUCCCUAUCAAUGCCGACAAUACAUGCGGAGAUGGCUGGGUUUGCGAACAUAGGUGGCGCCAAAUAUACAAUAUGGUUAGCUUUGGUGCCAAGUCACAAAACGAACCACUACGAAACUGGUGGGACAACGGCUGGCAGCAGGUCGCCUUCUCAAGGGGAAACAAGGCAUUCAUUGCCUUCAACAAUGAAGACCGUGAAAUGGAUGUGACCCUUCAAACUGGACUUCCAGCCGGCACAUAUUGUGAUAUCGUGUCAGGUCAGAAUGGCAAGGGAAACUGCUCUGGAAAGACAAUUUAUGUUGGAAAUGAUGGCAGAGCUAGAAUUCAAAUUAGCAACAGAGCAGAUGAUUCAUUCAUUGCUAUUAUGGUUUAGCUUGUUGAAUUUGUUAUCGUUUAUACAUAUUUUGAACAAUAUUUUGAGUUAUGUUCUGAAAAUGUUUGAGUGUUAUAUAAAUACAUUUCAAUUGCAACAUUCAUCUCUGUCAGUGCCGGUGUAAAAGAAAUUAUGGUCC